AUGGGCCAGUGCUACAAUGCCGCCAAAAGCGAUUCCAUUCCCUUGGAUAGACAAGCACCUGACACCAGACCAGAGAUCUGCAAAAUGCGGCACAGAAGUUAUCCGAACGACUUGCAGAGAGCCUCGGUUGUGAUCGUGUUUCACAACGAGGUGGCCUCCAUACUGCUGCGAUCAGUGCACUCUGUCUUGAAUCAAUCGCCGCAAGGCUUGCUGCAAGAAAUCAUCCUGGUAGAUGAUGCCUCUGUUGCAGACCCAGGUCGUUUCACGCAGGAGCGAUGGCUGAAACUACAAAGUCCGCUCGAAGAUUAUUUGAAGAAGCUGCCAAAGCUGCGUUUCGGCUAUGAACUCUCUCCUGUUGCCUUGAUGGCCCUGUUAGGUGCGGCUGGUUCGUUUAGGACAACGCCGUGGUCUGAUGCGCUAGACUCAUUGGUGGAAGGCGGUGCUGCGCCGGGGCAACCGGCGCAACCGAAAGACACUGCAGUCUCUCCGAGUGGGUCGUUGGGGUCGGAGCUGGAACGACAUGGAACGACCGACGACGAGCCCGAGAUCCGCAAUGAGAGCGACGAUGAGAGCAGCUCCAACGAGGAAAUGCCAAACCUUGAGGGAGCGGAUGCUGCAACCUCUGAGAGGGUAAAGCAAAACCGAGCUGAGAAGAAGAGCCGCAAGGCAGUGCAGAAGCUCGGUAUGAAGCCGGUGCCUGGUAUCAUGCGAGUCACUGUGAAGAAGAGCAAGAAUAUCUUGUUUGUCAUCUCCAAGCCUGAUGUGCACAAGGCACAGAGCUCCGACACCUACAUCGUCUUUGGAGAGGCUAAGGUGGAAGAUCUGAGCGCUCAGGCCCAGGCGACUGCGGCCCAGCACCUUGCGGGUGUGGAGCGCCAGGAACCGGAAAAGCCAAAGGUCGAAGAGAUCGAGGAGGGCGAGGUGGAUGAGGAGGGCAUCGAACCGAAGGAUAUCGAGUUGGUGGUAUCCCAGGUGAACUGCUCCCGCGCCAAAGCGGUUGAAGCCCUGCGUAACAACAAGAAUGACAUCGUCGAGGCCUGUCCAAUGAAAGGUGGGUCGUUGGGGUCGGAGCUGGAACGACAUGGAACGACCGACGACGAGCCCGAGAUCCGCAAUGAGAGCGACGAUGAGAGCGGCUCCAACGAGGAAAUGCCAAACCUUGAGGGAGCGGAUGCUGCAACCUCUGAGAGGGUAAAGCAAAACCGAGCUGAGAAGAAGAGCCGCAAGGCAGUGCAGAAGCUCGGUAUGAAGCCGGUGCCUGGUAUCAUGCGAGUCACUGUGAAGAAGAGCAAAAAUAUCCUCUUUGUUAUUUCAAAGCCUGACGUAUACAAGGCACAGAGCUCCGACACCUACAUCGUCUUUGGAGAGGCUAAGGUGGAAGAUCUGAGCGCCCAGGCCCAGGCGACUGCGGCCCAGCACCUUGCGGGUGUGGAGCGCCAGGAACCGGAAAAGCCAAAGGUCGAAGAGAUCGAGGAGGGCGAGGUGGAUGAGGAGGGCAUCGAACCGAAGGAUAUCGAGUUGGUGGUAUCCCAGGUGAACUGCUCCCGCGCCAAAGCGGUUGAAGCCCUGCGUAACAACAAGAAUGACAUCGUCGAGGCCUGUCCAAUGAAAGGCAUUGACUUCGACAACCUGGCCUUUGAGGGGAGCUCAGGUCUUGGUGUGUUGAGCUUUACCUGGACGCUUGGGCAAAGGCCAAUGCCAACGAAAACAGGAAGUGAAAUUCAAAAAUCUUCCAUCAUGGCAGGAGGUCUGUUUGCGGCUGACAAGGCAUUCUUCAUGCAUUUGGGAGGCUACGAUCCAGACAUGAAGUUCUAUGGCGGGGAGGAGAUGGAGAUUGGUUUUCGUACCUGGCAGUGUGGUGGAGAUAUUGAAUACGUUCCAUGCUCGCGAGUGUACCAUAUCUUCAGAUCUGCACGCUAUUGGCAAGGCACAGACUCAGCGGGCGUGGCAUACAAGGUGCCCGGUUUUGAGAUCAUCCGAAACAAGCUGAGAGCAGCUGCGGUCUGGAUGGAUGAAUAUGAAGUCUUGGUGCAGCAUGCGUCCGCUCCUCUUCCGCAUGGUGUAACACUUGGGGACUUGGAAGCUCGGAAAUCUCUGCGACAGCGGCUCAAGUGCAAAUCAUUCAAGUGGUAUUUGGAGAACGUGGCGAAAGAAGUCUUUGUUCCAUCGAUUAACGGUCUGCGUGCUGGGGCUCUAAGGAACGUGAAGUUGGACGCCUGCAUCGACACGUUGGGCGGCAACAGGCCCGGUGCUUACCCAUGCCACGGGCAGCACGGGACGCAAGCCAUUGUCAUUGAUGGCCAAGGCAUGUUGCGGAUACCGCUUCUCAUGUACGAGAAAUGCUUGACGGCUGGUUCUGUGGAGCAGCCAGUGGCGCUUACACCAUGCGAUGCUAGCAAGGGCAACCAGCGCUGGAGUCACAGAGAAGGGCGACUUCAACUGGAAGGCACAGCGAUAUGUUUGGGCUCGCCGAGCGAAACGUCUCACAAGCUACCGUUUGCUUUGAAGAUGUCGACCCCAGCUGAGAUCUACCACGAGACUUCGAGAGAUUUCGAGAGCGCGAUGCAACAGAUUGUGAAACCAGGUGACAUCAUUGACCGAGGCAGUGCAGCGAUGGGCAAGAUCAACAAUGGCAAUGGUAUUGAUCAUUGAUCCG